CGGGUUGGGCUUGGCGCGAAGACGGUGAUCUGCAGUUUGAGCUCCAGCUUACUUCUGAGAUUUCUUACGCCUUAAGACAUCGUCAGGAUCGUCUGAAGGUGGUACCAGAAUGGCCGGUAGUCCGAAGGAAGCCAUGGUGCUGGUGGUUGACGUUGGCCCCCUCAUGGCGCAGGCCCCCCCUGGACAUGUCACCCCCCUGGAAAACGCCAAGGAUGCCAUCUCCAUGCUGCUGCAGAGAAAGAUGUUCUCCCAGUCUAAGGAUGAGGUCGCGCUCAUCCUGCUUGGUACCCAGGAAACAGCCAAUGAGCUGGCAGGAACAGACGACGAGAGUUACCUGAACAUCACAGUUGCGCGGCCGCUAGGACAGCCAGACUUCGACCUGCUUGAGUUUGUAAAGAACGACAUUGUUCCAGGGCCUGUGUCCGCUGACUUUGUGGACGCCAUUGUGGUGGCAUUAGACCUGGUGCGGAACCAAACCAUGGGAAAGAAGUUUGAGACAAAGCGAAUCGUCCUGUUCUCGAACCUGGCGGGAGAGUUUACAGACGAUCAGCUGGAGGGAGUCAUCAACGGGAUGAAGGCACUGGAGUGUGAAUUCAACCUCAUUGGGCUGUCCCUUGAUGAUGAUGAUGAAGAUGGCGACAUGCCUGACCAGAACGGGGCCGGACCCCCCAGGAAGGAGCGGACGCCCCAGCAGCGGGCAGGCACAGCGCUGAUCCGCCACGUUAUCGAGGAGGUCGACGGGGUUGCGUACUCCGAGAGUGAGGCCCUGCAGAUGCUAAGUUUCUUCCAGAAGCGAAACGUGCGGGCCGCUCCUUGGAAGGUCAUGCUAGAGGUCGGGACAAACCUCAAGAUUCCAGUCCGAGGGUUCAUCAGAGUUAAGGAGUGCAAGCCCAACUCCUUUAAGAAAGUCCAUGCCCGCACGCUGAGCAAAGACGACAUCCACACGACUCAUGAACACAGACUUAACGAUGAUGAGGAAACUCCAGUGGAGUCCACAAUUGAUGGAUACAGAUAUGGAAACACCAUCGUGCCCUUCAGCACAGACGAUGAGAGCCAGAUGAAGUUCAAGACUGAUGCCAAGUGUUUUGAUGUCCUGGGAUUCACCAGGGCGGACAAUGUGAAGAGACAGUACUACAUGGGAGACUCUGUCCGCUGUUUUGUAGCAGAGGAGGGUGAUGAGCCUGCAGCUGUAGCCUUGUCAGCAUUCAUCCAUGCUCUGUAUGAGACCAACAUGGUGGCCAUAGUCAGAUAUGUUUACAACAAGAACAGUGCCCCAAAGGUUGCUUUCCUGACCCCUCACAUCAAGCCCAACUACGAGUGUUUGCUGUGCAUCAUGUUGCCAUUUAUGGAGGACAUGCGGAAAUACACCUUCUCUUCACUCCACCCCAACAACAAGAAUCAACCAUCUGACGACCAGCUAUCGGCAGUGGAUGACCUCAUUGACAACAUGAACCUGGUCAUGCCUGACAAGGAUGAGGAUGGUAAACAGCAGCAGUACCUGAAGCCAAAGUUGACCUUUAACCCUCACCUACAGCGGCUGUACCAGUGUCUGUCUGCCCGAGCGCUGAACCCUGAUGACCCCCAGCUGCCUCCGCCAAACCAGACCAUUCUCAACUAUCUCCAGCCUCAACAGGACCUACUGACCCAGGCCCAGCCCUGUGUGGACAAGAUAAAGGCUGCAUUUCCUUUGGAGGUCGUCACCAAGAAGAAGGAGGAGACCACGGCACAGAACAUCUUUGGUGGAGGGGAUGAUGCAGAACCGGCAGCAAAGAAGCCCAGACUGGACACAGAUGCCGGCGGAGACGGAGGGCUGACGAUGGCGGGACUGGCGCAAGGGCCGGUCACGGAGGUCGGGUCGGUGCGACCUCUGGAGGACUUCAGGGCCAUGAUCAGUAGGAAGGAUGACGACAAGUUCAUGGAAGCCUCAGCUCAGCUACAGAAGCGGAUAGAAGAAAUUGUGAUGGAGUCGUUUGGUGACCAGUUCUACGGGAAAGCCAUGGAGUGUUUACUGGCACUGAGGAAGGAGUCAGCUAAGUUGGGAGAGCCAGACCAAUUCAACACCUUCUUGAGAGGCUUUAAGGAGACACUGUUCAACAAGGGUAGAAAGGACUUCUGGGACUGCAUGGUGCGAGAAAAGGUAACACUGAUUUCAUCAGAAGAAUCUUCAGAGACAUCCGUGUCAAAAGAGGAGGCAGGAAAGUUCCUUGAGAUAGUGGAGCAGAAGACUGAGGAGCCAGAAGAAAUGGAAGAAGCUGAGGCAGAAGAUCUGUUGGCAAUGAUGUGAGGUCCUGACAGCUCUUAGCCCAGGCACUGACAGAUGACGCCAACAGCUUAGUAACAAAAUCCACCUGUGGUUCUAAAACACAAGACAGGAACAUUCCACGGAACAUAACCUACUAGGCAGCAGUUGCACAUGCAUGUAGUGGUUUAUUUCUCAAGACAGUGCAAUUGUGAAAAAAGUAAACAACUGCUGUCUACUUUUUAUUUUAUUUUGUAAGCAGCCUUCACAGUGGUAUACAAAUACAUUCAUACUUAUAUUACAAAUUAAAAGCUUCUUACUAUUGCUACUUCUAUGAUUGGUGCAAGCCUUUCUUUAAACUUUAAACAUCUUUACAACACAUACAGUAUUCUUUUGUAUUUUUCCUUUUCAAUGAUGAAUUACAUGAAGUUCAGCUGUUCUUUCAAAAAGUAAUUGAUAGGUGUGUGUAAUAGAAGAAUUCAGAAAACAGAAUUAUACUAGUAACUCUUAGUGAAUAAAAACUGUCUCUAUGUUUGUUACAAACUCAAUGUGUUGUGAACAUGGAUCUUUCUAUAGAAAUUAAAUAAACAUUGUACUAAG